AUGGUGGCAUCAUCGUCGAAGAGGACGCUGGAUCCAAAGGAGGACUUUUUGCCCACUGACAAAACGCCGUUGAAUUCGAACAACACCAUAAUAUCCGAAUUAGCAUCACGAGAUAAAUCAAGCUCUAGUAACACGACUUUAAAACUAAUUGCGUUGAACCUCAAAUCGAUACCAGACGAUGAAGUGAGUUAUAUCCAGAACGUUGAGAGACUAUCUUUAAGAAAAAAUCAAUUGACGUCUUUACCUCAUAGCUUCAAAACACUAUCCAAGCUUCAGUAUUUGGAUUUGCAUAGUAACAAAUUCAAAGAUAUCCCAUCCGUUUUGUCACACUGUCCUCAACUAGAAAUCCUAGAUAUGUCGUCCAAUGAAAUUGAAUCGUUGCCGGACGAUAUAUCGCCGUUCUGGAAGGACAAUAUGCGAGUAUUGUCGUUGAAAGACAACAACGUAUCAAGCAUCUAUAGCUUGAAAUCGAUCACCAAAUUGAACAAGCUGAGCGUUUUGGAUUUAGAAGAUAACAAAUUACCCAAAGAAGAGCUUGACCAAGUACAAAAUUACACUCCAUUUCAUGCAGGCAUCACCAAAGAAGAGUAUUGGGCAAUUGCCAUAUCGCGAUAUUUGAAAGACCAUCCUAUCCAACCUACCCCAGAACCGAAAAUAUCUAGAGCAGCCAAAAGAAUGGGGUUCAUAAACACAAACUUGUCCAAUGGAACAAUGAGUGAUAACAGCAUAAUCUCGCCUGCGCCGAACGUAAACUCGAGUCUGGUUGCACCAAUAACAGCGUCUUCCUCAAACGCAACUUCCGUUGUAUCUUUUAAUGGAGGUACAACAACAAAUACUGAAUCGGAUGCUGGUGGUGCAGUUAAUGGAACAGAGCUAUACAAUCAUUCUAAGUAUAAUGAUUACUUCAAAAGACUAUCAAUCUUACCAGAAGAGUCAUUGAGUAAUGAGCACCAAAAGAUAUCGCAUGCAGAACUGGUUUUAUCUUGUAGAAAACUGUUAUUCAGUUUCACAGAGUGCCAGCAAGCCAUUAGAAAAAUCGCAUCAUUCUGUAAAGAAAAGGCAGUGGCAGUGAACGUUGUGUCAUUAUUAUAUUCUGUUCGAUCACACACUGAUAAUCUUGUAGAGGUUUUGCAGCAAACAGAGAACGAAGAUAAGUCACAUGACCAAGCAUUAAUCAAGCUAUGUCUUACGAUCAUUACAAGCUUUAAACAGAUUAUAACAUUACUGAGGAAGAAUUUUGAAAUCUUUUUCAAAGAAGAUGAUCUCUGUUUUAUCCGAAUGUUUUAUAUGACGUUAAUGUGUUCAUAUACGGAAAUGUACAACGCAUGGACAUUUAUCAAAGAAGAUGAUCAAAUAACCAGCGCUACAAGUAAGCCUUCCAAGAAACACUCCUUUUCAAGACAUGAUACAUCGUCUAAUAUCACAAACGGUGGAGGCACCGUAAUAAAUACAGCCAGUACAACGAGCAAUGGAAAUGGUAAACUGCUACCGAAAACAAGAAGUACGAGAGCCCCAUCAACAUCUGCAUUGAUUUCGAACGCUAACAAUGUGGCGGGAGAUACGCCCAUUCUAAACGCCUCAGCAGUUCCAUUGUUAUCGCCAGGUAUAAACGGUGGACAUGGUCAUGGUCCGAUUGUAGGCCAUCAGAAUGCAAUAAGCAGUAGCAAUUCUCAAACGAGUAUGAACGAAGGAAAACCUUCUAUUCCUAACGACAGCAUAUCAAGACAACAAUUUCUUCAACACAAAAAAUCCACUAGUGACCCUAAGAAAGAUCUGAUUACGCACGAACCUAAACCGCAUCCAGUAAUGAACUCCUCCAUCAUCAACGCAUCAAAUAACACCAACUCGAUGGUCUCCAAUUCCAAUCUAACACCUCCGCCAAUGAACGCUGCCGGCAACAGUAGCACUAGUGUAGUGGAAACAAAUAUUGACAUCCAACUAUACCAGACACUUUCAACAGUGGUUAAAAUGGUUAGUGUUGUAUAUAACCAAUUAACAUCCGAGAUUUCUAAGAUAGCCAUUGCUAGUACCAUGGGAAAGCAAAUUGUGACGGACUCGUUGGCACCUAAAAUUCGUGAUCUUACAGAAACAUGUCGUCAAGCAAUGGAUUUAUCUAAGCAGUUAAAUGAAAGAUUAAACAUACUGAUACCAAAUGAUUCGAAUUCAGAAAAGCAUUUGACCCCUCUAGAGAAACUAAAGACGUGGGAGGUAAUGAACUCAUUCUUAAAAGUAAUAAUAUCGAUUUUGGCUAACACCAAAGUCGUGAUGAGCGACGUCCCUAAUUUGAAUGAACUUAGACCUAACUUGGCCAAUUUGGCAAAGAUUACUAAAGAUGUUACAGUAAUAUUAGAUUUAAGUUCAUAUAAAGCCGUAUCUGUAAGUGCUAAUUCUCCAGAGUAA